AUGCCGGGCUCUGUAACGCUUAAAUCAAACGUGCCUAUGGAAUAUAGUCGAGCUGUAUUAUCAAAUAUUUGGCAUCAAAAGCGUGAAGCAGAGCCAAAAGAUAAUGAUUUAAAUACGAUUCCGGUUCGAAAUAUGCAUAUUUCAACAUAUAAACAUAUUGCUGCUGAUGAACAAGUAACUUUACCGAAUUCAACCGCUAAAGAUCAACAAGAACAACCAUUUCGUGAACGACCUUGGUAUGAGGAACAUGAAUAUCCACGAAAAAUGAUAGAUCGUUCAAAUAUUGAUGUAGCAAAUGCGGCUUUAGAUGGACUACUUAAUCAAGCAGAUCCACAAUCAAAACAUAAUGUAUUACCAUCACGAAGUACUGCUGAACAUGAACAAGCAAUAUUAACAUCAACAUAUCAGGCUGAUUUUCCACCACCAUUUCCGUAUGAAAUGAAAACUGUGGCUCAUUCGGAAUAUGCUGAUAAAAGUUAUCCAAAAUAUCCCGAUAAAUCAUGGGGAUAUCGAAAAAUGGUUUCACAUUUUACAGAUUUAGAUAAACCAAAACGAAGCGGUAUUAAUACAUUUCAUGUUCAACAUGCACAAUAUGAAAAUGAACAAUUACGUAGAGAUUUAGGUCAUUUUAAACCUUCUCAAUUUCAAUGA